CCGCACACCACCUUGCAUCCUGCGACUUUCUCUGGCUCACCCUACCCUCUUCAUUUCCCGCUCAACCUAGCAUCCCCCACUGCGACGAUCCCUCUUUAACCAUUGACCCAUCCUCCCCAAUCGGGCAUUUCUUCGACGAUCGCUUCGCUCAAACUGCGACACGCCAGACUUCCACUCUCCACCUCCUCUUAGCUCGCCAUGUCGUAUUAUCCCGGACAACAGUAUCACGGCGGCGGCGGUGGUGGCUACGGCGCACCACCGCCUCAAGGUGGCUAUGGCGGACCUCCCCCGCAAGGAUAUCCACCGCCACAGCAGAACUACGGCGGCCCUCCGCCUCCACAGCAGUACGGAGGGUACAACAACUACGGACAGCCUACUCCUCCGCCGCAGCAAUACGGAUACAACCAGGGACCACCACCACAGCAAUACGGAAACUAUGGAGGCCCACCCCCACAGCAGCCUCCGCAGCAGCCUCCACGGCCAGGCAUGAUGCCCACAGUCAACAGCAAUCAAUGGACGCAUGGAAACCAUUCUGCUCCUCCUCCACCGCCCAGCGGCGCUCAGAACUUCGGCCACGGCGCGCCUAACGGCUACUCAUUCCAAUACUCAGCAUGCAACGGUCGGAGGAAAGCGCUGUUGAUUGGUAUCAACUACUUUGGCCAGCGAGGCCAGCUUCGAGGAUGUAUCAAUGAUGUCAAGAACAUGAGCACAUACUUGAACGAGUUCUUUGGAUACAAGCGAGAGGACAUGGUCACUUUGACCGACGACCAGCAAAACCCUAUGAGCCAGCCGACCAAGGCGAACAUACUACGAGCGAUGCACUGGUUGGUCAAGGACGCACGGCCAAACGAUUCCUUGUUCUUCCAUUACUCAGGACACGGCGGUCAAACAAAGGACCUUGACGGUGACGAGGACGACGGCUACGAUGAAGUGAUUUACCCAGUGGACUUCCGCACUGCUGGUCACAUUGUUGAUGAUGAGAUGCACCGUAUCAUGGUUGCGCCUCUCCAACCCGGAGUCCGACUGACCGCCAUUUUCGAUUCCUGCCACUCCGGUUCCGCCCUCGACCUCCCAUACAUCUACUCCACCCAGGGUGUGCUCAAGGAGCCAAACUUGGCCAAGGAAGCCGGCCAGGGAUUGCUCGGCAUUGUAUCGAGUUAUGCGCGCGGUGAUAUUGGCAGCAUGAUUGGCGGCGCCACCAGCUUGUUCAAGAAGGCGAUUAAUGGUGACGAGGUGUACAAGAAGAACCUAAGGACAAAGACCAGUCCCGCUGAUGUCAUUAUGUGGAGUGGAUCCAAGGAUACCCAGACUUCAGCCGAUGCAAGCAUUGGCGGUGAGGCCACAGGAGCCAUGUCAUGGGCUUUUAUUACUUCACUGCGCAAGAACCCCAACCAGAGCUAUGUACAGCUGCUCAACAGCAUCCGUGACGAGCUCGAGGGCAAAUACCAACAGAAACCCCAAUUAAGCUGCAGUCAUCCGCUUAACACGGACCUCCUCUACGUUAUGUAGAUGUGCGUGAAUGAUGUAGAGAAUGGACAAGGGAAAAUAUGAAUUAAACGGCCGUUUUAUUUGUAAGGGCUGCAGCAUUUGGAUGGAUAUUUUCGCAUAAUGAUACCCCUAGCACCCCUUUUGAAUAAGGAGUUGUGGGUAACGAAAUGAAGGCACAGAGAAUUAAUAAAAAUGACUAUAAUCUAAUCAUUGUGUGCACUUGU